AUGUAUACUGAACACAACCCUGGUAAGGCCUACCUGCAGGCCUUCGAUUGCCAGUUUGAGGAUGUUAGGCGUGAGCUUGGACGCCUGCUUGAAGGAGAAGUUACUCCAGUCCAUGAUCAAGAUGAAGCCGUUGAUCUGGAGUUCCUGGUUCUCUAUGAGAACCUCCAGGGAGAGGAGGAUGGCCCGGAGGAUGUCUGUGAAAGAGUUCCUUCACAGAGAAAGAAAGAGACAUCAGAUUGGGAUACAAUCCAUGACAAUCCAGCACUGUUCUGUAUCAAGACUAUUACAAUAAUUCAAUCAUUUCUGUUCCGGGUCUGGUGGGUCUGACCAUUGACGUGGGCCAAAAAAAGGCCGGAGUAAAGUUUUUGGGCAAGUGAGUGGUUGUUGUUUUGCUGUUUAGUUCCCAAUUUAAAAAAAGAAGUAUUCUAUCAAAUCAGUAUCGAUCAGUAGAUACAAUACAAAUGUUUACUUGGUUAAUGAAACAAUGACAUCACAGAAACCAUUUCAAUGAGACAAAUGUGCCUCCUAAAAUAUCUAUGCACUCACCUGCCCUGGUCCCAAUUGGAAGCAAAUAGGAUGAGUAUCUUCCGGCCGUGCUGAUCUGGAGUCUCCAGGACACCUGGGAAGCCAUCCAUCAGCGCCCUCUUGAUCCCCGGGUCGUCAACCUUGAAGCUCUGGAACAUGUCCAGGUUCUGCUGCCGGAAUUGAAAAUACUGGGCCAGGAGCCGGAAAGUCUCUGCCUGGUUGAACUUGCGCGCCCGCAGAAACCUCAGGAUAAAGUCGUCAUCCGUGCGCAGAAAGCCGAUGUCGGGCCGUGUCACGAUCAUGUCGCGCACCUGCUGGAUGUCCGCGUGGAGGGUGUCGGGGUUCUCGUUGAGCUCCUGGCGAGCUUUCUCUGUGGUCUCGGAGCUCAGGCCCACUUGCAAGUGAGUCAUUUUUUUGGCUUUAGUCAAGUUCACACUCUCUCUCUAUAUCUGUGUUUUGGAUAAAUAUUAUUGUAUAGGUCUACUUAGUAAACAGUCUUGAUUUCUGUUCUGUACAUUGUUGGUGGCGUCUCACCGGCACACAAGUCUCUCCAGUACACCACCUCCUGAACUGUGUCACCUGGGAUGUCUAGCCUACGAAGAAAAGAGAUGUAAGAUUCAGAGUAACUGGUCCACCAGUAGACUAAAAACAUGCAUCCUUCCAUCUUCUCUUCCUUAGAGUAGGCCUACUUGUUGUGUGUAUGUACUGACAUGUAUGUGUAACUGAUAGAUGCACACACACACUACAUGUUAAUAUUUUUUAAUGUAUGUAAAUUGUAAAGUAUUUUGUUUGUAAUGUAUUUUUCGUUAUAUGUCAGACCCCAGUGAGACUAGCUGUCGCCAUUGGCGUCGGCUAAUGUGGAUCCUAAUAAAUCCAAUAGGCUAAGCACUGAUCCAACACAACUGGAUAGGAUAAAUUUGUUCACCUUCAUAUCUAUCACAGAUCUAAUCAUGUCAGAUCAGUAGAUGUUCCAAGGAAGGGAGGAAGGAAGGAUACAUUUUUUAAGUAGGCGAAAAGGGCCCAGGUUUGGGAAAUGCGUAAGGGCUGACCAUUUCAACAACAUACAGUGUUCCUGUGCUGACAUCAUGGAGAAACCCAUCAGCUGCAUUUUCUUGUGCAUGGUCAUCAGGUCAGAGUUAAAAUAUAACAGGCAGUGCAUUUUCCAUACCAACUAUAAGCCUACCAGCUAUGAAUUUCACACUGUGGAAAACCCAAAUAUUAUCAACAUACAGUGCAUUCUGAAAGUAUUCAUACCCCUUCACUUUUUCCACAUUUUGUUACAUUACAGCCUUAUUCUAAAAUAGAUUAAAUUGUUUGUUUUCCUCAUCAAUCUACACACAAUACCCCAUAAUGACAAAGCAAAAACAGGUUUUUAGAAACAUUUACAUAAGUAUCAGACCCUAUACUUUGUUGAAGCACCUUUGGCAGCGAUUACAGCCUUGAGUCUUCUUGGGUAUGACGCUACAAGCUUGGCACACCUGUAUUUGGGGAGUUUCUCCCAUUGUUCUCUGCAGAUCCUCUCAAGCUCUGUCAGGUUGGAUGGGGAGCAUUGCUGCACAGCUAUUUUCAGGUCUCUCCAGAGAUGUUCGAUCUGGUUCAAGUCCAGGCUCUGGCUGGGCCACUCAAGGACAUUCAGAGACUUGUCCCGAAGCCACUCCUGCGUUGUCUUGGUUGUGUGCUUAGGGUCGUUGUCCUAUUGGAAGGUGAACCGUCACUCCAGUCUGAGGUCCUGAGCGCUCUGGAGCAGGUUUUCAUCAAGGAUCUCUCUGUACUUUGCUCUGUUCAUCUUUCCCUCGAUCCUGACUAGUCUCCCAGACCCUGCCGCUGAAAAAAAUCCCCACAGCACGAUGCUGCCACCACCAUGCUUCACUGUAGGGAUGGUAUUGGCCAGGUGAUGAGCAGUGCCUGGUUUCCUCCAGACGUGACGCUUGGCAUUCAGGCCAAAGAGUUCAAUCUUGGUUUCAUCAGACCAGAGAAUCUUGUUUCUCAUGGUCUGAGAGUCCUUUAGGUGCCUUUUGGCAAACUCCAAGCGGGCUGUCAUGUGCCUUUUACUGAGGAGUGGCUUCCGUCUGGCCACUCUACCACAAAGGCCUGAUUGGUGGAGUGCUGCAGAGAUGAUUGUCCUUCUGGAAGGUUCUCCCAUCUCCACAGAGGAACUCGGGUUCUUGGUCACCUCCCUGACCAAGGCCCUUCUCCCCCGAUUGCUCAGUUUGGCCGGGCGGCCAGCACUAGUAAGUGUCUUGGUGGUUCCAAACUUCUUCCAUUUUAGAAUGAUGGAGGCCACUGUGUUCUUACGGACCUCCAAUGCUGCAGAAAUGUUUUGAUACUCUUCCCCAGAUCUGUGCUUCGACACAAUCCUGUCUCUGAAAUCUACGUACAAUUCCUUCGAGCUCAUGGCUUUGUUUUUGCUCUGACAUGCACUGUCUACUGUGGGACCUUAUAUAGACAGGUAUGUGCCUUUCCAAAUCAUGUCCAAUCAAUUGAAUUUACCACAGGUGGACUCCAAUCAGGUUGUAGAAACAUCUCAAGGAUGAUCAAUGGAAACAGGAUGCACCUGAGCUCACUUUCGAGUCUCAUAGCAAAGGGUCUGAAUACUUAUGUAAAUAAGGUUUCUGUUUUUAAUUUUUAAUAGAUUUGCUAAAAAUUAUAAAAACCUGUUUUCGCUUUGUCAUUAUGGGGUAUUGUGUGUAGAUUGAUUUUAGAAUAAGGCUGUAACAUAACAAAAUGUGGAAAAAGUGAAGGGUCUGAAUACUUUCCGAAUGGACUGUAUAUACAGAGGUUAUGAAUAUAAUUAUUAUGUAAUAGUAAUAAUAAUCAUAAUCGGAAAUAAAAUCACAAAGGUGUUAUUUGUUAUUUAUUUACAUUUUACAUUUGACAUAGCCAAUCGAAUGCUUUUACAUUAGAUAGCCUGCUGGUCCAAGCAGGUUCUCGAUGACUGUGACGCUCACCAAUUAUGGGUCAAACGCUGCGAGGGCCUCUCCCUGUUUAUUUAUUUAUGAAACAUUACCUCAUCUCCCUUGCUAUUCUGAGAUAUAAUUGUGAAUAGCAUGCCAAAUAUUAUGCCACUGCUCAAUAACAAAAAUACCUAUUCCAUCUGCCGUUCACGGAUUAAUUGCGUGACGACCUGCCAUAUACCCCGAAGAAAACCUGCCACAUAUUGAUAAACACUUUUUAUAUAAAAAUGUUAUAAAUCCACAUUGAGAUAAAUGAAAUACUUACAUGAACACCACGCCCUGUAAAACCAGCCAGGUAGCCGUUGAAGCGCAGGACCGCACAGCAGAAGUAUCAUUCCAUUGAUAUGUAUAAAUACUGGCCAUGAAGGGGUUUCAAUAAAUAAUAUAUAGCCUAUUUUUAUCCAGUUGGCAAAGAAAACGUAAAUAAAGAAAAAUAGAAUAUUUCCUUGAAGGGCUAUCCAGUAAAAAAAUUGUUGAAAUCCUGUAGCCUGAAGGACUGCGUUGUCUGAAUGUAUUCUACGGUGUAGGCUGCCUAAAAGGAUGCUGUGCCCCAUAAACGGAACAGAUUGGCGGCCAUGCACGGCUGUGUCUGCUUCGAUGAGGGUUGUACGCAAUCUGCCUGGAGGAGGACGAAGAAGAGACAAACAUAUAGUGAUGGAGACGCACAGAGGUGGGGAAUCACCCCGUGGUGCUCAAUUCCGUGUGCCGCAAAGUAUCAAACCAUUCUCACGACGUAAACCAUAGGCUAUUCUCAUCCCCUUGGUAUUUUCAAGCCUCCAAUAAAAAAUGUACGCAGUCUCCAUGAAUUCGGUUCGCGGCAAUUGUGCCCAGUUGGUUAGAAUAUGGUUUCUGAAGGACGCGCGCAUCGCAUCCCAUGUCCAGUUCAAGCACAGUGGAUUCAAGCACAGUGGACUGUGAUAUAAACAUAUAUAAACAUGACAUCACCUAAUUGAAGUGUUAUAUUAUGUUGAUAGUGCAAGAAAAGGAUAGUAGCCUCCUUAACAAAUAAAUGGCUAUACAUACAAAUAACACACACACACACAUACACACAUGCACGUUAUAAGAGUGUGAACAACAAUGUGUGUUCUACAGGGUUGGUGUCUCCCAGCAGAAAGAGGUCUAGACGCACACAGGAAACACAGGAAACACUGAAGAGGUGAGAAUAGAAUAACCCACACACACACAUUAGCAAACCUACCCUAACUAGGAGAAGUAAGAGUACCUUAACCCUAACUGGUUAGAUACAGGAGACAGCAACUUAAAGUCAUUUUAGGCAAACUGAGGACAGCAGUUCAUCAUGGAAAGUCUUCAAAGUGAGCUCCUUAGCCUCCUAUCUGGUGAGUUCAUCAUUAUAUCUACAGAGCAUACAGUAAAGCUUAUUUGAAGAACACUGAAUGGACACUAUCAGUUGUAAAACACAUUAGAUUUACUGUUGCUUUUCGCUUAUUGUUCUUUGUGCUGAACCAGCUAGUAACUAAAGGGCAGUUCUGUGUCUGAUGUGAACUUGUGGUCUCUCUCCAGCUGUUGUGUGGAGUGUGUCUACUACGGAUGGGAUCUUCGUAUCUCGAUAUGAGGGAGGAGAGGCAGAGAUCAGGUGUCACUAUGACCGUGGGUACGAGAACUACCAGAACUACUCUGAUAUUGUAGUUGAAACUCAAUGAUGUGUUCGCCACACUGAGAAAGGCAGGUUCUCUCUGUAUGGUGACACAGAGAGAAGAGUCUUCACUUUAAAUGUCACCAAUCUGACCCUACAAGAUGCUGGGGCAUACUGGUGCACGACGAGGAGAAACUUGACAGACAUCUAUACAGAAAUCAGACUGCAAGUAGUCAAAGGUAAGUUCCCUUUAUCUUUGUGUAUUCUUUUGUUAAUAUAUCUUGUAAGGAUUUAGGGGGGGGUGGGGGGGGGGGGGGGGGGGGGGGGUGUUAAAUAAAUAAACAACAAAUAUUACAGAUUACAGAUUGAGUUUAAUACAGUCCAAAAUGAGCAGCUGUGGUCCAGUUUGAUAGAGUAGCAGUGGAAGUCUUAUGCAGCCUGAGCCUUGCAGUUGACCUUUCUAAUAUAAGAAUGCUUAAAAACAAUUUUAAUCGAGUGCCUGUUUCAAACCAACUUUUUUGUGGUGUAUUUUGAACUGCAUGUGAAACACUUUCAAGAUGUGAAAAACAAUUUAACCCCUUGUGUCAAUGCAUUACAGCUGUGAAUCAUUUUGAAUAAGAUUCUACCAACUUUGCACAACUCUUAGGGCAACAUAUAUCAAUUGUUUUAGUCAGCACGCCCCCAUUCUCAUCGACGGGGCUGUAGUGGAACAGGUUGAGAGCUUCAAGUUCCUUGGUGUCCACAUCACCAACGAACUAUCAUGGUCCAAACACACCAAGACAGUCAUGAAGAGGGCACGACAAAGCCUAUUCCCCCUCAGGAGACUAAAAAGAUUUGGCAUGGGUCCUCAGAUCCUCAAAAAAUUCUACAGCUGCACCAUCGAGAGCUUCCUGACUGGUUGCAUCACCGCCUGGUAUGGCAACUGCUUGGCCUCUGACCGCAAGGCACUACAGAGGGUAGUGCGUACGGCCCAGUACAUCACUGGGGCAAAGCUUCCUGCCAUCCAGGACCUCUAUACCAGGCGGUGUCAGAGGAAGGCCCUCAAAAUUGUCAAAGACUCCAGCCACCCUAGUCAUAGACUGUUCUCUCUGCUACCGCACGGCAAGCGGUACCGGAGUGCCAAGUCUAGGUCCAAAAGACUUCUCAACAGCUUCUACCCCCAAGCCAUAAGACUCCUGAACAGCUAAUCAUGGCUACCCGGACUAUUUGCACUGCCCCCCCACCCCAUCCUUUUUACGCUGCUGCUACUCUGUUAAGUAUUUAUGCAUAGUCACUUUAACUCUACCCACAUGUACAUAUUACCUCAACUACCUCAACUAGCCGGUGCCCCCGCACAUUGACUCUGCAACGGUACCCCCCUGUAUAUAUAGCCUCCCUACUGUCACUUUAUUUUACUUCUGCUCUUUUUUUCUCAACACUUUUUUUGUUGUUGUUUUAUUCUUACUUUUUUUGUUUAAAAUAAAUGCACUGUUGGUUAAGGGCUGUAAGUAAGCAUUUCACUGUAAUGUCUGCACCUGUUGUAUUCGGCGCAUGUGACCAAUAAAAUUUGAUUUGAUUUGAUUUGGAAUUGCUUUUGACAAAUUGCUCAAACUCAGUGAAUUUGGUUGGGUAGACCCAAACCUGUAGUUUUUAAUUUAGGCCAAAAAGUUCAUUUCUUUGCGCAUUGUCUUGCAGUAUAACUUAACGGCCUUGUUGCAAACAGAAUGGGCGAUUUUGAGUUGAUUUUUUAACAUAGGCUUCCUUCUUUUCAAUUUGUUAUACAGGCCAGUAAUAUCAAGUGAAUGCAAUGUUAUUGAUCCUAUGUAUUUUCAAGUAUUGUGGUAGCAGCAUCAUGUUAUGGGUAUGCUUGUCACCGGCAGAGACAAAUGAUACCAAAACAAAUUUACUGAGCUUGAGUAAAUACUAGUGUUGUUAAAAGCAGCUAACUUCUUGGUAGCUAGCUAUGAGGUUGGGAGAUUGGGGACCUAUCUGGGUUAGCUAAAGCCAACUUCAUAGAUUUGCUAGGUGGCUAGUAGUAUUACAGAGAAACAACAACAAUGACAACAACAACAAAAAAUUUAUAUAUAUACAGUACCAGUCAAAGGUUUGGACACACCUACUCAUUCAAGGGUUUUUCUUUAUUUUUACAAUUUUUUACAUUGUAGAAUAAUAGUGAAGACAUCAAAAUUAUGAAAUAACACAUAUGGAAUCAUGUAGUUGUCACGCCCUGACCUCUAGAACUCUAGUUAGUUUGGUCAGGGUGUGCAUGUUUAGUUCUAUGUUGUUGUAUAUCUAUGUUUAGAGUCUAGUUGUUAGACUUCUAUGUUUGGCCGGGUAUGAUUCCCAAUCAGAGGCAGCUGUCGCUCGUUGUCUCUGAUUGGGGAUAAUACUUAAGUAGCCUGGUUGCAGUCCUUGUUUGUGGGAUCUUGUUCCUUGUAGGCUGGUUUCGUGUAUAGCCCAUAGGACUUCACGGUUUCAUUGAGUUUGUUAUUUUGUCUAGUGUUUAUCCAGUUUAAUAAACAUGUUCGCAUACCACGCUGCACCUUGGUCUGACCCGUCUCUCAACGUUCAUGACAGAAGAUCCCACCAAACGAGGACCAAGCAGCGUGGCCAGGAGCGGACAUCCUGGACAUGGGAGGAGAUCCUGGAUAGUAAGGGAUCUUGGACAUGGGAGGAGAUCCAGGCUGGGAUGGAUCGCCGUCCUUGAGAACAGACCGAGGAGGCCCGGGUUAGAGAGGAGCAACGGCAACACAGAAGGCGCCGGCCGAGGAGGAAGCCCGAGAGACAGCCCCAAGAUUUUUUUUUCCCAGUACUGCCCGUCCCUGUUCCUCGCACCAAACCAGUGGUGCGUGUCGCCAGCCCGGUACGCCCCAUACCUGCUUCCCGCACCAAGCCAGUGGUGCGUGUUCCCAGUCCAGUACGGCCCAUCCCUGCUCCUCGCACCAAACCAGUGGUGCGUGUUGCCAGCCCGGUACGGCCCGUGCCUGCUCCUCGCACCAGACCUGUGGUGCGUGUUCCCAGUCCGGCACGGCCCGUGCCCGUUCCACCGGUGCCUGGUCCAGCACCGGUCAGUGGCUCCACUCCGGAGUCAGAGCAGUCCGCUCCACCGGUGCCCAGUCCAGCUCAGGUCAGCAAUUCCACUCCGGAGUCAGAGCAGUCCGCUCCACCGGUGCCCAGUCCAGCUCAGGUCAGCGACUCCACUCUGGAGUCAGAGCAGUCCGCUCCACCGGUGCCCAAUCCAGUUCCGGUCAGCGGCUCCACUCCGGAGCCAGAGUAGUCUGCUCCACCGGGAUCCGGUUCAGCUCCGGUCAGCGGCUCCACUCCGGGUCCAGACGUCAGCCCCUCUCCAGGUUCGGGGUCUCCCACACCAGGGUCCAGACAGGGAUCGGUGCAUCGUGGGAGGACUGAGAGGGGAAGCUCCGCGUUGAGGUGCAGACCGGUCCAGGGGUGCAACGCGGAGGCAGUAAGGGAGAAGACGUCACGCCCGGAGCCGCCACCGAGGCUGGAAGCCCACCCGGACCCUCCCCUGUUAAGUCAGGUUUGUGCGGCCGGAGUCCACACCUUUGGGGGUGGGGGUGGGGGGGGGGGGGGGGGGGUACUGUCACGCCCUGACCUCUAGAACUCUAGUUAGUUUGGUCAGGGUGUGCAUGUUUAGUUCUAUGUUGUUGUAUAUCUAUGUUUAGAGUCUAGUUGUUAGACUUCUAUGUUUGGCCGGGUAUGAUUCCUAAUCAGAGGCAGCUGUCGCUCGUUGUCUCUGAUUGGGGAUCAUACUUAAGUAGCCUGGUUGCAGUCCUUGUUUGUGGGAUCUUGUUCCUUGUAGGCUGGUUUCGUGUAUAUAGGACUUCACGGUUUCGUUGAGUUUGUUAUUUUGUCUAGUGUUUAUCCAGUUUAAUAAACAUGUUCGCAUACCACGCUGCACCUUGGUCUGACCCGUUCUUCAACGAUCAUGACAGUAGUAACCAAAAACGUGUUAAAUAAAUCAAAAUAUAUUUUCAAAUAGCCACCCUUUGCCUUGAUGACAGCUUUGCACACUCUUGGCAUUCUCUCAACCAGCUUCAUGUCCCUUCUUAAAAGGUUAAUUUGUGGAAUUUAAUGCGUUUGAGCCAAUCAGUUGUGUAGUGACAAGGUAGGGGGGUAUACAGAAGAUAGCCCUAUUUGGUAAAAGACCAAGUCCAUAUUAUGGCAAGAACAGCUGAAAUAAGCAAAGAGAAACGACAGUCCAUCAUUUCUUUAAGACAUGAAGGUCAGUCAAUCCGGAAAAUUUCAAGAACUUUGAAAGUUUCUUCAAGUGCAGUCGCAAAAACCAUCAAGCACUAUGAUGAAACUGGCUCUCAUGAGGACCGCCACAGGAAUGGAAGACCCAGAGUUACCUCUGCUGCAGAGGAUACGUUCAUUAGACUUACCAGCCUCAGAAAGAAACCACUACUAAAGGAAACCAAUAAUAAGAAGAGACUUGCUUGGGCCAAGAAACACGAGCAAUGGACAUUAGACCGGUGGAAAAUUGUCCUUUGGUCUGGAGUCCAAAUUAGAGAUUUUUGGUUCCAACCGCCGUGUCUUUGUGCGACGCGGUGUGGGUGAUCGGAUUUUCUCCACAUGUGUAUUUUCCUCCGUAAAACAUGUAGGAGGAGGUGUUAUGGUGCGGUCUGAUGAGUCCAAAUUUGAGAUUUUUGGUUCCAACCGCUGUGAGACACAGAGUAGGUGAACAGAUGAUCUCCGUUCACUUAGAAUUCAAGGCACACUUAACCAGCAUGGCUACCACAGCAUUCUGCAGCAAUACGCCAUCCCAUCUUGUUUGGGCUUAGUGGGACUAUCAUUUGUUUUUCAGAAGGACAAUGACCCAACACACCUCCAGGAUGUGUAAGGGCUAUUUUACCAAGAAGGAGCGUGAUGGAGUGCUGCAUCAGAUGACCUGGUCUCCAAAAUCCCCAGACCUCAACCAAAUUGAGAUGGUUUGGGAUGAGUCGGACCACAGAGUGAAGGAAAAGCAGCCAACAAGUGCUCAGUAUAUGUGGGAACUCCUUCAAGACUGUUGGAAAAGCAUUCCAGGUGAAGCUGGUUGAGAGAAUGCCAAGAGUGUGCAAAGCACUGUAGUGUUUUAUGCAUUGCUGCGUACCGCUGUAUUUGCUGAAUAAACCAUUUAUUCUGUGAUUUACCCUCCUGCGCCUGACUCCGUCCAAAUCACCCGCUACAACCCCUGAGUCUUGGUUGCUCCAUGACAACAACACAGCCUGAGUGUUCCCCAUGACAAUCUCUGGGCUGACCCAAGUGGAUUCUGGGAUGUGUAUGUGUGGCAUCUGGGUCGACCGAGGUCAUGAUGUCUACUCUGUGGUUGAUCUGGAGGUCAAAGAUGAGGUUGUGUUUUACUAUACUACAUGAUAAAUCAUUAAACAUGUGUAUUAUAUACUUAUAUUACCUGGUGAAUUCAUAUUUUAAAAAUGUUACAGUGGGGAAAAAAAGUAUUUAGUCAGCCACCAAUUGUGCAAGUUCUCCUACUUAGAAAGAUGAGAGAGGCCUGUAAUUUUCAUCAUAGGUACACGUCAACUAUGACAGACAAAAUGAGAAAAAAUUUUUCCAGAAAAUCACAUUGUAUAAUUUUUUAUGAAUUUAUUUGCAAGUUGUGGUGGAAAAUAAGUAUUUGGUCAAUAACAAAAGUUUCUCAAUACUUUGUUAUAUACCUUUUGUUGGCAAUGACACAGGUCAAACGUUUUCUGUAAGUCUUCACAAGGUUUUCACACACUGUUGCUGGUAUUUUGGCCCAUUCCUCCAUGCAGAUCUCCUCUAGAGCAGUGAUGUUUUGGGGCUGUCGCUGGGAAACACAGACUUUCAACUCCCUCCAAAGAUUUUCUAUGGGGUUGAGAUCUGGAGACUGGCUAGGCCACUCCAGGACCUUGAAAUGCUUCUUACGAAGCAACUCCUUCGUUGCCCGGGCGGUGUGUUUGGGAUCAUUGUCAUGCUGAAAGACCCAGCCACGUUUCAUCUUCAAUGCCCUUGCUGAUGGAAGGAGGUUUUCACUCAAAAUCUCACGAUACAUGGCCCCAUUCAUUCUUUCCUUUAUACGGAUCAGUCGUCCUGGUCCCUUGCAGAAAAACAGCCCCAAAGCAUGAUGUUUCCACCCCCAUGCUUCACAGUAGGUAUGGUGUUCUUUGGAUGCAACUCAGCAUUCUUUGUCCUCCAAACACGACAAGUUGAGUUUUUACCAAAAAGUUAUAUUUUGGUUUCAUCUGACCAUAUGACAUUCUCCCAAUCCUCUUCUGGAUAAUCCAAAUUCACUCUAGCAAACUUCAGACGGGCCUGGACAUGUACUGGCUUAAGCAGGGGGACACGUCUGGCACUGCAGGAUUUGAGUCCCUGGCGGCGUAGUGUGUUACUGAUGGUAGGCUUUGUUACUUUGGUCCCAGCUCUCUGCAGGUCAUUCACUAGGUCCCCCCGUGUGGUUCUGGGAUUUUUGCUCACCGUUCUUGUGAUCAUUUUGACCCCACGGGGUGAGAUCUUGAGUGGAGCCCCAGAUCGAGGGAGAUUAUCAGUGGUCUUGUAUGUCUUCCAUUUCCUAAUAAUUGCUCCCACAGUUGAUUUCUUCAAACCAAGCUGCUUACCUAUUGCAGAUUCAGUCUUCCCAGCCUGGUGCAGGUCUACAAUUUUGUUUCUGGUGUCCUUUGACAGCUCUUUGGUCUUGGUCAUAGUGGAGUUUGGAGUGUGACUGUUUGAGGUUGUGGACAGGUGUCUUUUAUACUGAUAACAAGUUCAAACAGGUGCCAUUAAUACAGGUAAUGAGUCUCUUAAAGAAGAAGUUACAGGUCUGUGAGAGCCAGAAAUCUUGCUUGUUUGUAGGUGACCAAAUACUUAUUUUCCACCAUAAUUUGAAAAAAAAUCAUUAAAAAUCCUACAAUGUGAUUUUCUGGAUUUUUUUUCUCAAUUUGUCUGUCAUAGUUGACGUGUACCUAUGAUGAAAAUUACAGGCCUCUCUCAUCUUUUUAAGUGGGAGAACUUGCACAAUUGGUGGCUGACUAAAUACUUUUUUUCCCCACUGUAUAUGACAUUGUGCUUGUGAUCAUUGUGUUCACUUUGUCUGUGAGUCUGGCUGUUUUGGUGACUCAUCGUAAUAUACCGAUGUAGGAGCAAGAGGAACCAGGGUAAGUAACUCUCUCUCUCUCUCUCUCUCUCCCUGAGUGUGUAUAACAUGUUGUGUGUCACACAGGGUCUACAGAACCACACAGAGAAACAGGACAGUUUGAGUUGGUGCUUGAGGUGAGGGUCUUUUCUCUACACAACAUGCUGCUCUGUCCACUGCUUUGAUCUGAUUACUAUCUGAUCAAAGGCUGCCCCUAGACUCACCUGGAAGUUCUUGUAACAUGGGACAAGUUUGUUACUAAAUUAUUGUCUUUUGAGUAGAUAUGCCCAUGUGACUUUGUUUCCCCUUUCCCUCUCUGUAGGAUGUUGAUGCAUGUAUGAAUGUGGAACUGACUUCCUGGAAGCACUAACACUCCUCCCUUCUAUUAGAACCCCAUUAUCACAACCACAGACACUGAAUGUGUGUGUGGUUGCAAUAAUAAUGGGGUUAGGAUUAGACCUACAGAGGUCAAGUUGGUUGCAAGUGUUGGUUAAGACUUACAUCUAGACAAGGUUAUUCAGUAGGCCUAGUGUCUGGAGGUCACAGGAGGUUGGUGGCACCUUAAUUGGGGAGGGUGGGCUCGUGGUAAUGUGUGUGUCUGUCUGUCAUGGUUGGGGUCAAUUACAUUUACAUUCAGAAAGUAAACCAAAUUCCAAUUGAACAUUUUCCUCAAAAGCAUUGAAGAUCAUUUAAAUUGGAAUUUCAGUGUACUUUCUGAAUUGACAAAAAAAAUAAAAAUACGUUUUGACCCCACCCCUUGUGUGUGUGUGUGUGUGUGUGUGUGCGUGUAUGUGUGCUUUGUAUUAGUAGGCAGUGCUAAAUGAAAAUGCAGUGGAAAAAGAAGAGGACAGGUUGCUCAACUGAUUAUAAUUUAAGAAGACAGACUGAUUGGACAGUGUAUGUGUGUGAUCAGUGAGAACUGACAAGUUAUAAUUGUUAACAGGGAGUUAGCGGUAGUUACUGGCAAGUACUGGGACACAGCUCAUCACGAUGAAUAAUUUUUGGAUCCUCUCCCUCUGCCUCCUAUCAGGUGAGUUCUGUCUGAUCAUCACGGUGACAGAAAGCCUAAAUAAUAUCACAUUAUAGUUUUAAAAAAAUAAGUUAAAGCAACAUUAUUCAUAAUUUGAUACCAGGUAAUUAAUUACCAAUUGUGUUCAAUUAUUUUGAGUAUGUAUCAGAAACUACCGAUUGAUACCAAAUCAUUCCUAGUGAAUAACAAGUAAAUACCAGUUGAAACAAUAGGCUAUGUAAAAAUAAAGAGCUUCCCGUUUUUUCUGUGCAAUGGCUUCUGACCCUUGCAAAAGAACAAACUCUGCUUCCUCAACUCUUGUUUCCAGGAUCAGAUUAAGAAAUCAAAGUCCCUGGGGCUUUUUUUUUUUUUUACAGCCUCACACACACAAAAAACCAAGAUGCAAUUCAACGCGUGGUAAAUUUACUGUUGAAGAAAAGCCCCUUUAUAAGCCAUAAUAAUGUUUGCGAUGUGGCUCAGGAUAUAGAUGAGGAGAGGCAUUUUUAGGAUUUCCACACAUGGGGAACAUUUGUUAGCAGGGUCUGACUUUUGAUUUUUUUUAAAGACGCAUUUCAUGCAAUUCUACGUCAUUUACAAAGUAGAAGUCAUUAGUGGUAUCUUUUUUAAUACGACACAAAUGACCAAAAUGAGUGGCUACUCUGACAAAAUUAGAUCAGUCUAGUCUUGAAUUCAAACAAACAAUAGCCCAGGCCAAUGAAGCGCCACACAGAUUGUAGUAGGAGGAAAUAUUUAUAAGUUUGGACGCACCUACUCAUUCAAGGGUUUUUAUUUUACAUUACAGUCAUUUAGCAGACGCUCUUCUCCAGCGAAUUACAGGAGCAAUUAGGGUUAAGUGCCUUGCUCAAGGGCACAUCGUCAGAUUUUUCACCUAGUCGGCUUGGGGAUUAGAACCAGAGACCUUUCGGUUACUGGCACAACGCUCUUAACCACUAAGCUACCUGCUGAUGUAGAUUGUAGAACAAUAGUGAAUAAUAGUGAAGACAUCAAAACUAUGAAAUAACACAUGUGGAAUCAUGUAGUAACCUAUUUUUUUUUUAACAAAUCAACAUAUAUUUUAUAUUUGAGAUUCUUCAAAGUAGCCACCCUUUGCCUUAAUGACAUAUUUGCACACUCUUGGCAUUCUCUCAACCAGAAUGCAUUUCAAUUAACAGGUGUGCCUUCUUAAAAGUUCAUUUGUGGAAUUUCUUUCCUUCUUAAUGCGUUUGAGCCAAUCAGUUGUGUUGUGAUAAACUGGGGGCGGCAGGUAGCUUAGUGGGUAAGAGCGUUGUGCCAGUAACCGAAAGGUCGCUGGUUCUAAUCCCCGAGCCGACUAGGCGAAAAAUCUGUCGUUGUGAUCUUGAGCAAGGCACUUAACCCUAAUUGCUCCUGUAAGUCGCUCUGGAUAAGAGCGUCUGCUAAAUGACUAAAAAAAAAAAAAAAAAAAAAAAAAAGUGAUAAGGUAGGUGGGUAUACAGAAGAUAGCCCUAUUUGGUAAAAGACCAAGUCCAUAUUAUGGCAAGAACAACUCAAAUAAGCAAAGAGAAACGACAGUCCAUCAUUACUUUAAGACAUGAAGGUCAGUUAAUAUGGACAAUUUCAAGAACUUUGAAAGUUUCUUCAAGUGCAGUCGCAAAAACCAUCAAGCGCUAUGAUGAAACUGGCUCUCAUGAGGACCGCCACAGGAAUGGAAGACCCAGAGUUACCUCUGCUGCAGAGGAUAAGUUCAUUAGAGUUACCAGCCUCAGAAAUUGCAUCCCAAAUAAAUGCUUCACAGAGUUCAAGUAACAGACACAUCACAACAUCAACUGUUCAGAGGAGACUGUGUGUAUCAGGCCUUCAUGGUCGAAUUGCUGCAAAGAAACCACUGCUAAAGGACACCAAUAAGAAGAAGAGACUUGCUUGGGCCAAGAAACACGACCAAUGGACAUUAGACUGGUGGAAAUGUGUCCUUUGGUCUGGAGUCAAAAUGUGAGAUUUUUGGUUCCAACCGCUGUGUCUUUGUGAGACGUGGUGUGGGUGAACGGAUGACCUCCGCAUGUGUAUUUCCCACUGUAAAGCAUGGAGGAGGAGGUGUUAUGGUGUGGGAGUGCUUUGCUGGUGACACUGUCUGCGAUUCAUUUAGAAUUCAAGGCACACGUAACCAGCAUGGCUACCACAGCAUUCUGCAGCGAUACGCCAUCCCAUCUGAUUUGGGCUUAGUUUUUCAACAGGACAAUGACCCAACACACCUCCAGGCUGUGUAAAGGCUAUUUUACCAAGAAGGAGAGUGAUGGAGUGCUGCAUCAGAUGACCUGGCCUCCACAAUCCCCCGACCUCAACCAAAUUGAGAUGGUUUGGGAUGAGUCGGACCGCAGAGUGAAGGAAAAGCAGCCAACAAGUGCUCAGCAUAUGUGGGAACUCCUUCAAGACUGUUGGAAAAGCUUUCCAGGUGAAGCUGGUUGAGAGAAUGCCAAGAGUGUCCAAAGCUGUCAUCAAGGCAAAGGGUGGCUAUUUGAAGAAUCUCAAAUAUAAAAUAUAUUUUGAUUUGUUUAACACUUUUUUGGUUACUACAUGAUUCCAUAUGUGUUAUUUCAUAGUUUUGAUGUCUUCACUAUUAUUCUACAAUGUAGAAAAUAGUAAAAAAUAAAAAUAAAUAAUUGAAUGAGCAGGUGUGACCAACCUUUGACCGGUAGUAUAUAUAUAUUACAUAUUUAAUAUACACUGUAUAUAUAAUAUAUACUGUAUAUAUUUCCUUUAAAAAAUGAAUCUGUCACUGCUUGUUUCAGUGUGACACCCUGAAGUACAGUAAAUGUCUGUUAUGGAAGUCCCUCUGUCAUACCACCAUGGUUUGGAGGAUGUCCUUGGAGACAAAGUCACAUUACUGAUAAUCUGAGUGUGACCUUGUGUGUUUCUGUGUGUUUCUUUUUAGCUGGGGUCUCAGUGGGGUCAGGGUUCAUCACAUGGAGAGGUAUGGAGGGAGGAAACACUCACAUCAACUGUACUUAUGAACAGGGCUUUGAGGCAUUCCCAAAGUACAUCUUAAAAGGAGGCUACCUAUUCGAAAUUCUCAUUAAAACCCUAAAGGUCCCUAACCAGAGUCCAGUAUGGACUUAUAAAGGGAGAUAUGUGCUAUAUGACGACACAGAGAGAAGAGUCUUCACUGUGACCAUUGAUAACCUGAACCUAGAGGAUGCUGGAACAUACUGGUGUGGAGUGGAAUCAUGGGGACUAGAUAAGCUGAUUCAAGUCAGGCUCACUGUGGAUAGAGGUUUGUAUGUGAGAGUAUUUCAAUGCUCAAUAUUUUCUGUGAAUGGUAAAAGUGACUUAGAGACCAAUCAAGGUUAAUUCACAUUUGUGCGUUAUAUUUGAUUGUGCUAACUGGUUUGUGUUCUCGUGUUCAGUUUCAGGUAACUCAGUUUUAAGAAUCUCACUGGGGACUGUGAGUCUGGCUGUGUUGCUGCUAGUGGUCAGCCUGCUAAUAGUCUACAGAUGGAAAUGUUACAAGGAACAAGGUAUUUACACACGGAAACACACAUACAUAUGCGCAUGCUUACGAGCACACACACACACACACACACACACACACACAGUCACACAUGCAAUAAACAAUUAUGUGUGUUCUACAGGGCCAGUCUCUCCCAGCAGACAGAAGUCUAGCAAACCAAACACAGGAAACACUAAAGAG